AAAAGCUGCAGGUCUUACUUAGUAAAGCAGUUGAUAGAUGAAAAGACUUCCCGUGAGGAGCAAGAAAAGAAAAACAGGGAGAUAAUUCUUGUUAUGCAUAUGUUUAAUCACAGGAACAUGAUUACUUUUGUGGAUGCUAAUAAUUUUUGAGCUGCGAAUACCCAUUAUACAAAGGGUUGAGCAGCAUCCUUUUGCAGGUAGGGCUACAGAAGAUGCAAACUGCCACCUCUCGAAGUUUGUGGAGAUUGCAAACACUCUGAAAUUGAAUAGUGUCACCGACGACACCAUUAGGGUAAGACUCUUUCCCUUUUCGUUAAUUGAUUCUGCUAAAGAGUGGUUUGAGUGUCUACCUACAGAGCAAGUCUCCACGUGGAAGGAUAUAGUGGCAGCAUUCAUCGACCAGUACUAUCCGCCGGGCACUAUUCUGAAGUUGAAGAGUGAAAUCUUCGAGUUCAUACAAGGCCACGACGAGCCUCUCUACGAGGCCAUUGCUCAUUUCAAGGGCCUCCUCCGCAAGUGCCCCAACCACGGUUUCACCGUGGACCAUCAGGUUUUGGUUGGAUCUGGGUGAUCGGAGUCUGUUUGUUGAUGAAUCGGAGAGUUGAGUUCGCUGGUGUUGUGGAGAUGUUUGUGCUUGUUUGAAUUCGGAGUUGAUCGGAACAGAUCUGUGAAAACCGGGGUUAUAGAGUCGAUUUUGUCUGUUGUUGGGUUCAGAUCGCUUGGAUCCGGAGUGGAUUAAGCAUCCAACAUGAAUCUGAGCAAGAUUGAUUAAAUUUCAUGCCUAGUUUAUGUGUUUUCAUUUUA